AUGACGGGGAAGUCUACGUUGGCAGCGUUGGUGAGUCGCGCGUUGGUGAGCAGAAACCGGGAGCAAGUGAGGAAGGAUGUGGUUAUCAAUUUUUUGCUACGCGGGGUAUCGAAGACGGCUUCGUUCGCGACGUGGUUCAAGGAGUGUGGUGCUACGUCUGAAGAUUGGAUUCGUUUCGUGGAGCAAGGUUCAGCGUAUCAAGACCACGGCGAUAACGCCGUGUUUGAGGCUCUGAAUAGCUCGAGCGCAUUGAAAGUGCUGAAAGAUCUGACUCUAGCGGAAGUUGGGGCCCUGAAACGCUUUGUUACAGGAGAGAAAGCUUACACGACCGACGCUGCGGUGAACGAACGCUUUGGUUCCGUGACCAUUGAAGGCGACGACGCCGCACUGAAGAAGUGCAUCCUUGCUGGGAUUCUUGUCGAGACUUCCGAGAGAAAUGAGAUGAUUGCGCGUGCAAUCGAAGCUACCGACUACGACCGCAUACGCAAGACGUUUGGGUCGGACCUACGCGCGGCUCGAUCCGUCGCCGCGCCCCCCGGAUCAGCAGAGACAGACUUUCGCCGCCUUGGCAGCAUGAGCUCGUUCGAGGACGUGGAGCUCAUCGUGCAGUGGAUCCGCGAGCGCAUCUCGCUGCCCGGGUACCAGCCCAAGGCCUGGACGUCAGCGGACUUGGCCACCGUCAAGGAAUUCGUCGAGAGCGCGAGCGUACCAGCGUUGUUCCUGACGCUGCAGAAUGACGCACUCGUGGUGUCCACCACGGCACCGCGCGGCGUGAACGGCAGCGUCAUGUACUUCGUCAAGAACGGGCAGGCGCUCGUCACGCCCACCAACAUCCGGGACGCGCUGCAGUUCGGCACCGUGGACAAGGACGCCAUCGCGUCGCUGCUGCACCUCAUGAACGGCUUCUACCUGCACCGCCUGCAGACCAACAAGGCGUGGACCGAGAGCGUGCAGAAGGAGUUCACGGGCCAGUUCUUCCGCUUCAUGUCGAGCCUCACGGAGACCGUGAGUCGCGGCUGCGGCAAGACCGUGCUGUACCUGCCGCCCGUGAACCCGGACAAGUUCAACUACAAGGACAAGGACCUCGUGCAGCAGCUCGAGUCCACGGUCAUCCACUGGACGCGGCAGAUCAAGGAGGUGAUCAACAACCAGGACAACGCGCACGACGCCGAGGGCGCCGGCCCGCUCGAGGAGAUCAAGUUCUGGGAGCACCGCACGGAGGAUCUAUCGGGCAUUACCGACCAGCUCAACAGAGAGGGCGUGAAGGAGAUCGUGGAGAUCCUCCGCGCUGCCAAGUCGUCGUACCUGCAGCCGUUCGAGACGCUAUCACAGAUCAUCAAGCAGGGAUCGACAGAAGCCAACGACAACCUCCGCUUCCUGCAGAAACUGAGCCCCGUGUGUGAGGACAUCGCUCGCGCACAGCCAGACGAGAUCCCGUUGCUGCUUCCGAGGCUGCUAAACUUCAUCCGACUCAUAUGGAUGUACUCGCGACACUACAACACGGAGGAUCGGAUCACGAGCUUGCUGCGGAAGGUGAGCAACGAGAUCAUCAUCGUGUGCUGCAAGAUGAUCUCGCUCUCGGACGUCUUUGACGGCAACGUUGAGGCCAGCAUCCACCACUUGGAGCAGAGCAUUCAGUGCGGGGUGUCGUGGAAGCAGAUCUACCGGAAAGCCUCCAACGCGGUGAACGCCACUGCGCCAUCGCCUGACCGGAGGUGGAACUUUGACGAGACGGGCAUUUUCGCACAGAUCGACGCGUUUGUGCAGCGCUGUCGAGAGUUGUUGGAAGUGUGUGAGGGUCAGAUCCAGUUUGCGCGCAAGGGCAAAGGCGGGAAGCGCGAGGAUCUCCCCACGUUCGGAGGCAAUCGUGGCAUGGAUAUCGUGAAGAGCUUACGGGGUAUUGAGGCGCAGUUUGAGGGGCAUGUUGACCGUCUACGCCAGCUUGACUACGAUAUCCUCGAUGUCAAGAACACCAGUUGGCACAGCGACUUCAAUUCCUUCAAGAACGGGAUGAAGGACCUGGAGGCGAUGACGCAAAACGUUAUCAAUGGGGCCUUUGAAAGCAUAUCUACAGUCGCCGCUGGGGUGGAUAUGAUCCGCUCUUUCCAGAAGAUUGCUCAGCGUGAGGCGAUCAAGCGCUGCGUCGAGAAGCGGACGAUCGACAUCUUCGGCAUGUUCAAGGCCAACAUCGCGUCAGUUCGAAACCUGUUCGAGAAGAACAAGCACGCCCCGCUGUUAUCCCCCACAGAACCCCAAUUUGCUGGAGCGGCUCUGUGGGCACGAAGCUUACUGCUGCGCGCUACUGAUGAUCUCGUCCGACUGCAAGAACUCGUGGAUCCUUCUAACGCAGCAGAGUGUGACGAGGCUCAAAAUGCCUACGACGGCCUACGUCUCGUCAUCAACGAGUACAUUCAACGCAAAUAUCACGACUGGAUCGAGGAUUUGAACACGUUAGGCAACACCAACAUGAACUCUCGACUGGAGAACCCGUUGAUGACAAAGACCGGAUCGGACCCAGACGCCGCGCCUACGAGCGUGAAUUUGAACUCGCACAACAAAGACAACAACGCCCUGCAGAACACCGAGAAGACACUGAUCGGACGGGCGAAGAAGGGGUUUCUCCACUGCAACUUUGACCGUCCGCUACUGAACCUGUUCACGGAGGUGCACUACUGGCAGUACUUCAAUGGAGAGAUCCAAAUCCCGUACAUGGCUCACGAUAUCUGCAACCAAAAGGAACAGCUGCGUGUGCUGCGAGAGCACGUGAUGCUCGUCGUGCGUGACUACAACCGCAUCUUGCUCGAGUUAUCCUCGACCGAGCGACGACUGUUUGAGGAUAUUAUCCGCAAGCUCGAUCGUCGCAUUCAACCAGGUCUCCAGAAGCUUACGUGGGUCUCGAAGGGAAUCGUCGAGUGGUACGUCGCAGACUGCCGCAAGCACUGUGAAACCACGUACAAAAUCGUUCAAGAAUUUCAGGAAAACAAGGACAUUGUGAUGAAGAACUGCAAGAUGAUCAGCGGGCUGAUGCACAUCUUCAUCGAGCGCAACACCAUCUACGACGACGGCGUGUUUGAAGCGAAGCAGGUGAUUCACCGGAAGACCAUCGAGAAGCAGCUACGUGAGGCUUACCAGACGAUUAGCUCAACGAUGACGGCGACGUACGAGCACUUUACGUCGGGUCCUCCAGAAGUCCAGCGGGAGUGGAAUCGAUUCGUGGAGCGCUCAGACAAAAUGCUGGAGGAUGCGCUACGACAGUCCGUGAAAAAGUCGCUUCAAGAGUUAUCCAAAGCAAUUAACGGCGACGCUAAGACCGACCCACGCCCAUUGUUCCGGAUCCACGUCGUGCUUGAAGACAACAAGGUGGAGUUCAAACCGUUCAUGGCUGACCUCACACAAAUGGUGAACACUGUGGCGAAGGAGAUUUUCAAUGUCAUUUCGGUUGUACCUCGCUUAGUCGCGUCGCUUCCUCGGCAUCAUGGUAAUAACCGAACAAAUUUGGAUUCUUCAGGCACCAAUGGAGCAGCUACUGAUGGAAAGGCUGAGGCUGGAGCUGGCGCUAGCGAAGAAGUUCGGCCAGCUGAUACUGCAAGCGGUGAACCUUCGGGUAAUCAGGACGAAGCUCACUCAACGAUCGACGCAGCGGACAAAGUGGAGGCUCCUGCGGUUGUGAACAACUUCUACCAAUCCAUUUUCAACGACGAGGAGAUUCUGAAGGUGCUAGUUCACAUCAUGAACGGAAUGUCGUCCAGCGCAACCGAGUUGCAAAAAUACUUGGGAUACUGGGACAAGUACAAACUGGUGUGGAACCAAGACAAGCAGGCAUUUAUUCGUCGUUACGCGAAGGCCAACAGACCGCUGCAGCAGUUCCGCGCAGACAUUGAGCGCUACCGAGAACAGCAAGUGAGUAUCCAGAACGAAGACCUGACCAAUACGAUCAACUUUAUUCAGAUUGACACCAACUUCCUCAAGGCAAGCCUCGUCGAGCACACCGUCCAAUGGAUCGGCAAACUCACGGGACUGUUGAACCAGACAGCGCACGACGAGUUGAGGGACAUCAUGAACAUGAUGAAGGACAACACACACAAGCUGCAGAUCAAGCCGUUGAAUCUGGAUCACUUGAGCGAAAGUAUCCAUCUUCUGCAUGACAUCAAGGACGGCAUGCCAGGGGUAGUGGCGCGCUUUGAACCUUUGCAGCACAAGUACGAUCUCCUGGCCGAAUUUGAUGUGCAGACAACGGACGAAGAGCAGCGCGAUCUCGCCAACUUAAAGUCCAACUGGGAUUCGUACGAAGCGAUGCUGGUGGAUGCCAACACGAUGCUGCAGAAGUGCAAGGUGAGUAUGAAGCAGAGCCUGCAGGACUCCGUGGCAGACCUGAACAACAUCAUGUCAGAACUUCGUACCGAGGCCGAGGCGACACUGCCGUACUCUGGCGAACAGCAGUCGAAGAUAGCUCAUCAGAUCCUGGCCGAGUUUGAGAAGAAGAUGGAGGCUACACGGUCUCGCCAGAAUGCGUUGAAGAAAGGUCUGGAGAUUUUUGGUAUCGAAGAAUCGAAGAACGACGGCUUUGUGCAGACCGAGAAGGAGCUCGAGUUGCUGCAGCAGAUCUGGGCUCUGACAGACGAAUGGGAAGUCGUGUGGGCCUCGUGGAAGAACAAAGUUUUCUACGAGAUCGAAGUGGAGACGAUGGAGUCGACCGCCGCGCAGUUCUUCAAGAAAGUAGUCAAGUACGGGAAAGACAUGAAGAGCUGGACGGUGUGGAGCUCCAUGAAGACCAAGAUCGAGCAGUUUCGACAGACAUUACCCUUGAUCCAGGACCUCAAGAGCCCCGCACUGCGCGCGCGCCAUUGGGCCCAGCUGAAAGAAGAGAUGGGCAAGACUUUCGACACUGAGUCAGCGAGCUUCACCUUGGAGCGGGUAUUCUCUCUCGGAUUUCACUUGCACGCCGAGUUUAUCAGUACCCUGUCAAGUAAUGCAGGCAAGGAGUUGUCUAUCGAGCAAACUCUUGACAAUAUUGAGAAGCGCUGGGCUGCCAUCGACGUCGACAUCACCGAGUACAAGGGCGUGUACUAUAAGAUCCGCUCAGCAGACGAUUUGUUCACGGCACUGGAAGACGACCAAGUGCAGCUGUCUACGAUGAAGGCCUCGCCCUUCUUUGGGUCAUUCGAUACGCGGAUCUUGUACUGGGAGAAAGCGCUAUCUCACUUGUCCGAAGUCAUCGAAACCCUGUUGGGUGUGCAACGCUGCUGGAUCUACCUGGAAAGUAUCUUCAUGGCGUCUGAGGAUAUCCGCAAGCAGUUGCCGCUAGAGAGCCAAUUGUUCGAGGAGGUCAACACAGCGUACUGUCGGGUGACAGAGGGGAUGGCCAAGAUGAAGAACGCGCUGCAAGCUACCCAGGAGAAGGGUGUGCUGGAGACUCUGGUGGCGAUGCAGGAGAAGCUGGAUCAGAUCCAGAAGUGUCUGGACCAAUACCUCGAGACGAAGCGAAUGCUGUUCCCGCGGUUCUACUUCCUGUCUAAUGAUGAUCUGCUUGAGAUUCUAGGCCACCAAAAGGACCCUGAUCAAGUGCAGAAGCAUAUCAAGAAGUGCUUCGAAGCGAUCAAGACGCUGAACCUCAUCCCGCCUGGUGCUCGUGGGAACACGACGUUCGAGGCGCUCGGAAUGAACUCCCCAUGCGGUGAGCAAGUGAUGUUCGCGUCGAAUGUGGUGGUCGCUGGCGCCGUGGAAGGCUGGCUCUUACGCAUCGAGGCCGCUAUGGUCAACACCCUGGAGAAAAUCUUUGCGCAGUGCAUCGUUGGCUAUAAGGGGAAGAAGGAGAAGUGGAUCAAGGACUUCCCAGGCCAGCUACUCAUCACGUGUGGCCAAACCGCCUGGACGAACGAGUGCAUCAAGGCACUAAAUGAAGUGGCGAAAGGAGAGAAAAAGGCGUUGAAGCAGCUGAAGAAGAAGUGGAUCUCGUACCUCAACAAACUCGCAGACAUGGUGCGAGGCCAGCUCUCAGCCACCGACCGCAAGAAGGUCGUGGCGCUCAUCACAAUCGAAAUUCACUCGCGUGAUGUCAUUGAUCGCUUGGUGAAGCAGAACUGCAAAAGUGUGAAUGACUUCGACUGGCUGAUGCAGCUGCGCUUCUACUUUAACAAGGAUCUAGGCGAGUCCGGUAUUUGCGAGGUGAAGCAGACGGUCACCUCGCUGCAGUACUCGUACGAGUACCAAGGCAACAAUGGACGCCUUGUCAUCACGCCACUGACGGACCGAUGUGUCCUCACAAUGACAACCGCUCUGCAUCUCAACAGAGGUGGCAACCCUCUGGGCCCUGCUGGAACUGGUAAGACAGAGACCGUGAAGGAUUUGGGCAAGAAUUUGGCCAAGUACGUCAUUGUCUUCAACUGUAGUGACGGUUUGGACUACAAGUCGUCUGGUGGCUGGGGGUGCUUCGACGAGUUCAACCGAAUCGAGAUCGAGGUGCUAUCUGUGGUGGCACAGCAGGUUCUGACUAUUAUGCAGGCGCUGACAGCGAGGCAGACGCAGGUGAUGUUCCUCGGCUCCAUGAUGAGGGUGAACUUUAACAUGGGUAUCUUCAUCACGAUGAACCCUGGCUACGCCGGACGCACGGAGCUACCGGACAACCUCAAGGCGUUGAUGCGCCCCUGUGCUAUGAUGGUGCCAGACUUGGCGUUGAUUGCUGAGGUCAUGCUCCAAGCCGAAGGGUUCCGCGAUGCCAAGGUGCUGGCGAAGAAGACGACCACGCUCUACGGACUGAUGAUCCAGCAGCUAAGCAAGCAGGAUCACUACGAUUUCGGCCUGCGUAGCUUGAAGGCGGUGCUCAACAUGGCAGGCACAUUGAAGCGCGAGGAUCCGAACCUGCAGGAGGAGAAUAUCCUGUUGCGUGCAUUGCGUGACAUGAACAUGCCCAAGUUCAUCCGAGAUGAUGCCGUGCUCUUUCGCCUUCUACUAGGGGAUCUCUUCCCUUCCAUUGAGCUUCCCGUGACUGACUAUGGUAAGCUCCAAGGCAAUAUCGAGCAGGCACUGCUGGAGCACAAGCUGCAGGUUCAUCCGGUCAUUGUCUUUAAGACGAUCCAGCUGUACGAGUCUCAGGUCACACGCCACUGCAACAUGAUCGUGGGUCAGACAAUGGCAGGAAAGACGACGAUCUGGAAGACGCUCAUGGCUGCCAAGACGUCGCUGGCGAAAGAAGGUGUGCCCGGGUACAUGCCUGUGCGCGUGCAGGUGCUGAACCCCAAGUCGAUCUCCCUAAAUGAAAUCUACGGCGUGUACGACCUGUCGACGUUCGAGUGGAUCGACGGCAUCUUGUCGGCCAUCUUCCGGAACCUCGCAGCGGAUGAGAAGGCGGAGGAGAAGUGGAUCAUGCUGGAUGGACCCGUGGACACACUGUGGAUCGAGAGUAUGAACAGCGUCAUGGACGACAACAAAGUCCUGACGUUGAUCAACGGUGACCGGAUCAGCAUGAGCCCGUCGAUGGCGCUCAUGUUCGAGGUGCAGGACCUCGCGGUGGCAUCCCCCGCCACCGUCAGCCGCGCAGGAAUGGUCUACAUGGACGUCGAAGACCUCGGUUGGCGUCCGUUCAUUCAGACGUGGCUUACUACGACUAUCAACGUCCAAGAGGAGCGCGACGUGCUCCAGGCUCUGUUCGAGAAGUACAUGGAAAAGGUGCUGCGGUUCAAGACCUCGGAGGUGACGGAGCUCAUUCCAGUGACAACCUUCAACAGUGUCAAUUCCUUCUGCAAUCUCUACAACGCCUUAGCCACGGUCGAAAACGGAGUGGAUCUAGUCACAUGCGGUGACAAGUUCGCCGUUGCUGUUGAGAAGUGGUUCCUGUUUUGCAUGACGUGGAGUGUCAUGGCUGCGGCGAAUGAAGAGGGACGCAAGAAGUUCGACUUCUUCCUGCGCGACAUCGACUCCGUCUACCCACCUCUCAAAACCGCGUACGAUUUCUUCGUGGAGCCCUCAAGUCGUGAAUUCAAGCUCUGGGACGAGAAAUUGCCUCCGAACUUCCGCAUUGCGCCCAACACACCGUUCCACAAGAUCAUGGUACCGACCAUCGACACGCUGCGCUACGGAUUCUUGCUGCAAACGAUGCUCGCGUCUGGAAUUCACACGCUACUAGUCGGAGAAACUGGUGUGGGGAAGACGACGGUCAUCGAGCGAGAGAUCGAAGCCCUCAGCGACGCGUACAACGUGCUGGUGAUGAACUUCUCGUCUGCGACGUCGUCCGCCACGACCCAGGACAUGAUUGAAAACGUCAUGGAGAAGCGCUCACUGAAUCGAUUCGGUCCCGUCGGAGGCAAGAAGCUGGUCACGUUUAUCGAUGACAUGAACAUGCCGACCAAGGACCUGUUUGGAUCGCAGCCACCGCUCGAGCUGUUGCGACAGUGGGUCGACUAUAGCUGCUGGUAUGACCGCAAGAAGCAGACGCUCAAGUACUUCAUCGACAUGCAGUUCGUCGCUGCGAUGGGACCUCCAGGCGGUGGGCGAUCCGUCAUCAGCUCUCGCUUCCAGAGCCGAUUCAACUUGAUUAACAUGACGAUCCCCGAGCAAGCCCAGCUGAAGCGUAUAUUCGAGACCAUGCUGGUGCCGAAGCUGUCCGAGUUCGACGACGAGAUCAAGCCUCUAGGCGUGCCUCUGGUCGCCGCCACCAUUCAGCUGUACCAGAAUGUGCUGGAGCAGUUCUUACCCACCCCUGCGAACUGCCACUACCUGUUCAAUUUACGCGAUAUGGCUCGAGUGAUUCAAGGGCUUCUGCUCUCGGAUAAGCACAACGUUGCAAGCCGUGAUGGGAUGCUACGACUGUGGAUGCACGAGAGCCUCAGGGUGUUCUCAGACCGACUCACCAGCUACGAAGAUCGACAGACCUUCAAGAAGAAGCUGGAUGAUCUGCUAGGUGUCCACUUCCAGACCGACUGGGGUCGCUUACUGUCCUCCGCUCCGGAACAACUCAAGGAGAAUGGGCCGUUGUUCACGUACAUAUUCUCCACGACUCCAGGGGCAGACGAAGGCAGCGCGCGAUACGCGGAGGUCAUGGACAUGAAGAUGCUCAAGGGUUUCGUGGAGGAGCAGCUGGAGAACCACAACGCCGAACCGGGUUUCGUGCCUAUGAACCUCGUCAUGUUCAGCGAUGCGCUCAUGCAUAUCCUACGUAUCCACCGUCAACUUAUGACGAUGCGUGGUAAUUUAUUGUUGGUGGGCGUUGGAGGCAGCGGUCGACAGUCUUUGACCAAGCUUGCGGCCUUUAUGGGCGGCUUCAAGGUCUUCCAGAUCGAAGUGGGCAAGAAUUAUCGCAGCUUCGAGUUCCACGAGGAUAUCAAAAAGCUCUACACCCAGGUGGGUCUCCAGCAACAGAAGACCGUGUUCCUCUUCAGUGACACGCAGAUUAAGAGCGAGUCGUUCGUGGAGGAUCUCAACAACAUCUUGAGCAGUGGUGAAAUCCCUGGACUGUUUGAGAAGGACGAACAAGCUGGUAUCAUUGAUGGAGUUCGCUUGAGAGCACGCGCGCAGGGGGUACGUGAGACGAAGGAGUCACUGUGGAACUUCUUCAUCAGCGAAGUCCGUCGCAACCUGCACGUCGUCCUGGCCUUCAGUCCCAUCGGCAAGGGGUUCUGCAACCGAUGUCGCCAGUUCCCGUCCCUCGUCAACAACACCAACAUCGACUGGUUCAACGAGUGGCCUCUGGAUGCUCUUCAAGAGGUGGGGAUGAAGUUCCUCGAGGAGAAAAACGUGGCUUCUGAGCCACAGCGUCCCAAGAUUGCAGCCGUCUUCGCUGUGGUUCACAGCAGCGUCAUGCUUGCGUCGUCGCAAGUGCUGGCGCGGAUGAAGCGCCACAACUACGUCACGCCUACGAAUUAUCUGUCGCUAGUCACGGGGUACGUGGAGUUGCUCUCCGAGAAGGCAGCGACGAUCCGUGACACUCGCGACAAGCUCAAGAAUGGCUUGGCGAAGCUUGAAGAGUCCCGACUGCAAGUCGAGGAGAUGUCCAAGCAACUGGAGCAGCGGAAGAUCGUGGUUGCGCAGAAGAACAAGGACUGCAGCGACUUGCUGGUGGUUAUCGUAUCGGAACGUCGAGUAGCUGAUGAGCAGCGGAAGCAGGUGGAAGCCGACAGCGAGCGUAUUGCCAAAGAGGAGGCCGAAACGAAGAAGAUCGCCGACGAUGCCCAAAAGGAUCUGGACGAGGCUCUUCCAGCGCUGCAGCGUGCGAUGCAGGAGGUUGAGAACCUGGACAAGAAAGCUAUCGCCGAAGUCAAAGUGUAUACUCAACCACCCGAAGCCGUGUCGAUGGUUAUGUGUGCUGUGAUGAUCCUUUUCGGUUUGCCACCGACCUGGGCGUCAGCUAAGACGAAAAUGAACGAUGUGAGCUUCCUGCAGCAGAUCAAGACGUUCGACAAGGACUCGAUCCGUGACAAGACGGUGACUGCUCUGAAGAAGUACACGUCCAAGCCAGCAUUUAACGCAGAUAUGGUGAGGAAGGUGUCGUCUGCAGCAGGAGCGUUGUGCUCGUGGGUGCUGGCGAUGGAGUGUUACUCUGGAGUUUUCCGUGUUGUCGCGCCCAAGAAGGAGGUUCUCCGCAAGUCGCAGCAGGCGCUGGCAGUCAAGCAGAAGGAUCUGCAGGUGGCUAAGGAGAAACUCCAGGAAGUCACGGAGAAAGUGGAGGCACUGAAGAACCAGUACGAUACUAGUGUGUCUGAGAAGAAUGCUUUGCGUGAAGAGGCUGAGUUGCUGGAGCUGAAGCUCUCUCGAGCCGAACAAUUGGUGAAAGGUCUUGCCGGUGAGCGUGAACGCUGGGAAGGCUCCAUUGCUGAUAAGAAUGCAAGUCUUCAGAAUGUCGUGGGUGAUGCACUGGUAGCCGCCGCGUUCAUCUCGUACGCAGGGCCGUUCGACACGUUCUACCGUGGGUCACUCGUGGAUACGUGGAUGAACCGGGUGACGCAACAAGCUCUUCCCUUGUCGCCGAAGUUUACGUUCAUUGACUUCUUGGCUGAUCCGACGGAUGUACGUAGCUGGAAUGCACACGGCCUCCCGCGCGACCCGCUAUCUACGGAGAACGGAGUGAUCACAACGCGAGGCAAGCGGUGGCCACUCAUGAUCGACCCUCAAGGGCAGGCGAACAAGUGGAUCAAGGCUAUGGAAGGCUCUCGACUCGAAGUUGUAGAUCCGAUGAUGAAGGAUCUCCUCCGAAAACUCGAGAACGGCAUUCGCUUUGGCUCCCCCGUUCUAAUGCAGGACAUCCUAGAGGAGCUGGACCCGAGUCUGGAGCCGGUUCUCACCAAGAGUAUUAUCAAGGUGGGGAACCGUGAAGUUCUCCGUCUUGGCGACAAAGAGCUCGACUACAACCGCGAGUUCCGCUUCUACCUCACUACCAAGCUGCACAACCCUCACUACACACCAGAAGUGUCCACGAAGACAACCAUUGUCAACUUCGUUGUGAAAGAGCAAGGUCUCGAGGCUCAACUGCUGGGUAUCGCUGUUCAACUAGAGGAGCCAGCCUUGGAGGAGCAGAAGUCCGACCUGGUGAUGCGCGUGGCUGCAGCCAAGAAGAAGCUGAUUGACCUAGAGAACGAGAUUCUGCGGCUGCUCUCAGCCGCGAAGGGCUCGCUCCUGGAUGACGAGCAACUUGUGACUACUCUGAACGCGUCCAAGACGACAUCCGAGGAGGUUUCCAUGCAGCUUGUGAUCAGUGAAGAGACCGAGAAGAAGAUUGAUGCUGCGCGUAUGGGCUACGCUCGAGUGGCGCUGCGCUCAUCGACGCUGUACUUCGUGCUUAACGACAUGACAAGCGUGGAUCCAAUGUACCAAUUCUCGCUGGAUGCGUAUGUGGCUCUGUUCCAGGACUCGAUUGUCAAAAGCCGCAGCCUCAAGAACCAAGGCGCGCUCAGUGAAGAGCUCACGGAGCGAAUCAACGCCAUCAACGACUAUCACACGUACGCCGUGUACGCGUACGCUUGUCGUGGUCUUUUCGAGCGUCACAAGCUGCUCUUCUCGCUGCAGAUGUGCGCGCGCGUACUGCAGAGCGUCAACAAGCUCCCCCACGACGAGUACGACUUCUUGCUGAAGGGUGGCAAUGUGCUGGCCCAGGAGGAGAAGGUGACGAAUGUCGCCAGUGAAUUCCUCUCCGACGGUGCGUGGGCCGGCAUAGUGGAGCUCAACAAGCUACCUGCGUUCCACGGCAUCAUCAGCUCCUUUGAACAGACGCUGAAAGGCUGGAAGUCAUGGUAUCAGAGCAGCACUCCAGAGAUCGAGGCGCUGCCUGGGGACUGGGAAGGAAAAUGCAACGAGCUGCAGCGAAUGCUCCUGCUUCGGUGUAUUCGUCCUGACCGGCUCAGCAUCCAGGCUGCGCGGUUCACAGCUACGCACCUUGGCGCUCAGUUCGUGGAUCCACCGCCUUUCGACCUCAAGGCGAUCUACGAGACCUCGAACUACAAGACGCCCCUCAUCUUCGUGCUCUCCCCCGGCGUCGACCCCACGAAUUCCUUGAUCGCGCUGGCUGAAUCGCUACACAAGACAGUGGAGAAUUGUGCACUGGGUCAAGGUCAAGCUAGCGUAGCUGAGGCCAUGCUUUCACGCGGACUAGACGCAGGGAACUGGGUCUUCCUGGCAAACUGCCACCUGAUGCUCAGUUGGGCGCCCACGCUGGAGAAACUCAUCGACAACUUCUGCGCCGCUGCUCCAGCCCCCGCAGGACCGAUCAACCCGCAGUUCCGACUGUGGCUUACGAGCAGUCCGAACCCGAAAUUCCCCAUCGCCAUCUUGCAGCGCGGCAUCAAGAUGACCACGGAACCACCGCGAGGCCUGAAGGCGAACUUGAUCCGUCUGUACAACACAAUCAUGCCGGACAAGUUUGCGCGCUGCCGACAGGUGAAGAAGUACAAGCGUCUGCUCUUCUGCUUGUGCUGGUUCCACUCGCUGCUGCUGGAGCGGCGUAAGUUCAACAACCUCGGCUGGAAUAUCCCGUACGACUUCAACGAGUCGGACUUCGCUAUCAGCGAGGACGUGCUGGCCAUCUACUUGGACGAGUACGAGGACACUCCGUGGGACGCGCUGAAGUAUUUAAUCGCUCAAGCCAACUACGGCGGCCGCGUGACAGACGACUGGGAUCGACGCCUCAUGCUCGUGUACAUCUCGCAGUUCUUCUCCGAGAACGUGCUGACUGUCGACAACAUGCCGCUGUCCGACUCGGAGUACUAUUUUGUUCCGGACGAUGGAGAGCUGACUUCGUACGUGGAGUACAUUCGGCAGCUCCCUCUGGACGAUCCACCUGCAGCAUUUGGUCAGCAUCCGAACGCCCAGAUCGCGUCACAGAUCGACGAUGGACGAGAGCUACUUGCUACUAUCCUGUCAUUGCAGGCGCUGGAUGUCGCUGAAGGUGGCAGUGGCAACGAUGACACUGUUCUUGGAUUGCUUCAGACGCUACGGGAGACUGUUCCCGAUGUAUUUGACCUUGCGAACAUCAAGGCUGGCUUGAGUGCACGAAGUGACCCUGAUGCACUGAAGACCGUGCUCAUGCAGGAGCUCGAGCGAUACAACAAGCUGCUGGCUACCAUCAACUCGUCUGCUCGAGCGUUGGAGAAAGGUAUUCAAGGCUCCGUGGUCAUCACCCCCGAACUGGAAGCUGUUUACAACGCGCUGCUUAUCGGCGCAGUGCCCAAGGCCUGGAGCUUCUGCUACCCGUCACUGAAACCUCUAGGCCCAUGGACUCAAGACCUCAAGCUUCGCUGCGAGCAAAUGGACCGCUGGGCCAACCAGAUGCAGCCUCCAGUCUUCUGGCUCACGGGCUUCACCUACCCGACAGGCUUCCUGACGGCGCUGCUCCAGACUGCAGCUCGUAAGAACGGACUGGCGAUCGACUCGCUCAAUUGGGAGUUCAUAGUGCUGAACCAAGGCGAGAACGCUCUCCCGACGGGGCCGAAGGACGGUGCCUACAUCAAGGGACUUAUCCUUGAAGGCGCUCGCUGGGACUUCGACCACGACUGCCUCGCAGAACCCAACCCGAUGGAGCUGCACUGUGGCAUGCCUAUCCUGCACUUCCGUCCCGUGGAGGCCAAGAAGAAGUCGGCCAAGGGCUUGUACAGCUGCCCGCUCUACAUGUAUCCGCUGCGAACCGGAACGCGUGAGCGUCCGUCGUUCAUGAUUGCUGUGGAUCUCAAGGUAGGACCUGGCAAGACUCCUGAUCUCUGGACACGUCGGGGUACAGCGUUGUUGCUGUCUCUCAGCACCUAA